UCGCGAGCGGCGCCGGGGGCGGUUUGAGCGGCGGGGCCCGGCGCGCGGCGGCGGCUCCGGCACGAUGCUGCCCCUGUCCCUGCUGAAGACGGCGCAGAACCACCCCAUGCUGGUGGAGCUGAAAAACGGUGAAACCUACAACGGGCACCUGGUGAGCUGCGACAACUGGAUGAACAUCAACCUGCGGGAGGUCAUCUGCACGUCCCGGGAUGGUGACAAGUUCUGGAGAAUGCCCGAGUGUUACAUUCGUGGCAGCACGAUUAAAUACCUGCGUAUCCCUGACGAAAUAAUUGACAUGGUGAAAGAAGAGGUGGUAUCAAAGGGCAGAGGUCGUGGUGGGAUGCAGCAGCAGAAACAGCAGAAGGGCCGUGGAGUUGGAGGUGCUGGACGAGGUGUGUUUGGUGGCCGUGGACGAGGAAUACCAGGCAGCGGGAGAGGCCAGCAGGAAAAAAAGCCAGGCAGACAAUCAGCAAAGCAAUGAGAAGCUGUCUGCACCCUGGCCAGAGACAGUGCUGGGAUGCUGCUUGGUUUUAUCACCUCAGGAUUGCCAUGUGUUCAAAAGUGUUAAAUUUCUAGUCUUUAAUCAGCUAUUCAAUGCCUGAAUCAUGUUGUUUGGAAGCCCCUCACAGUCUAAUCUGGUACAGUGAAAAGUUCACUUCUAGUCAGAAAACCUGUAAUUGGAAAUACUUUAAAAAAAUCACUUAUGGAAAAGGACCUAACUUCAGUCUUCUCUGAAGAGUGAAAGCGCUGUUCAGUUCUUCAGGGUCACCGGGUUUAAUUUAGUGUUAUCCUGUAUAGUGUUUUAAGAGCUAUGGCAAACACUUUUUCAGGAUGGUUUGUUUUGUUUUUAUACUUGAAACUUGGGAAAGUUGUUGCAUUUGUAACAGAUGCAAACAUUUUGAUUUAAAAACACUGAGCUCAAGAAUAUUGUAUCUUUACGUGAGUAGUCUAAAGAGUUCAUUUUUUAAAAAAAAGCUUUUAAGCUA